AUGAAACACUUCAACACCCACAGCAACAGAAACACAUCAUCAUUAUCGACAUCAACAGUAAAUCCAACACCACCACAAAAACAGACCACAACAACAACAGUAUCUCCUAUACCUGUUAAUAAUUCAUGUGUAAAAGAUUGGUUAGCACUUUUAAAUAAAUACAAACAUACUGGUACUUCUUUAAUGCCAGUACCAGUAACAGCAGAUGUCUCUAUAAAAGGUAUUCCCAAAUCGUCAGCCAUCGCUUUUGAUCUUUCAUAUCAUCUUAAAAUUCGUUGUUAG